AUGCUGACAGAUCCUUUAUUUCUUGGUUAUUUUGAGAAAGAGAAACGAAGACUCGACACAGUGAUGGCCUACGAUUUGAAUGGAUUUGGCAGAGAAGGUCCGGCUCUAGGAUCAAGCUAUAUUUCUGAACCAUCUGAAGAGAUUUGUGAGGAGAAUACCCAGGAUCAGGACAAUAAUAAUAAUUUAACAGAAGACCAUCCGGAACUUAAAACAUCAAACUUUUCAAAAGAUUUUACCUUUAAAAAGGGACAAGCCUUGUGGGAGGAAAUUUCCUCAAUUUUAAAUGCCAUGCCGGGCGCAAACAAGGGAUGGAUAAAAUGGCGUAAGACAUGGCAUGAUAUAAAAAACGCAGUGAAAACCAAAUCUGCAACUAUAAGGAGACACUUGGAUCAAACUGGUGGUGGCCCUCCUAUAAAUGAGGAAAUAACCAAUGAGGAUCAGAAGAUUCUAAACCUAAUAUCCCCAGUAGUUAUAGAGGGUAUGCCUGAAGUAGCUGAAUCGAUGACAGUUUUUACAAUGCCACCAAAGAAGGAAGUUAAGCCUAGCACUUCAUCCUCAUUUGUUCCAGUUGAAGUGGAUGUGAUUGUGUCCAAUCCAAGGGUUGAUCAAACUGUUGACGAACCCGAGGACGAACCAUUGGUAACCCCGAGGGUAACACCUAAUGAGGCUAAAGGGUCAAGAUUUUCCAAAACCCCUGUAAGGGUUCAGAGGCUAGACAGGUCGAUAGGGGCGUCUGAAAAAAUGGCUAAGAUAAUGGAGGGAAAGAAUAUCAUUUAUGAAAACUACCUCAAAGAAAAAAUAUCCUUGAUGAGAAGGGACUGUGAAGCCAAAGAGAGGAUAGCUUCAGCGUUAGAACAUCUCACUGCUUCUUUAAAUAAUAAUAGCAACCAUAAUAGUGAUAGUGAGUAA